GAUGCUUUGAAAUGUUCACAUGUUAGUGAGAAUCCGGAGCAAAGAGAAAAUUUCAAUAAUAACUUAGAAAAUAACGAGGAAACCAAUAAACAAUUGUCUGAUUCUUAUUCACAAAUCAAUGUUACUGCCAAUACUUCACAAGCUGUUAAUGCCGAUGAUCAACUUUCAUCUGAUAAUAUGAAUCAGCCUAAUAAUAGCAAUAGGCAAGCUGAAAAUAACAGAGAAACGGAUGAGCCUAUGACCAAUUACCACCAAUCAAUCAAUGUUAUUUCUAGAGAACUUGAACAAAUGACCCUAGCAAAUAAUAAUACACAAGCCGGUGACAUUAAAUCUAUUCAAGAUAACGAUCAUGAAGAAGGCUCUGAAGUAAGCGAUGACGAUUCACCAGGAUGGUCAGAAUGUGAGGAGUGCUAUGGAAAUAAAAAGGAAUUAUGUGAAUAUUGUGGAUAUUCUGUAUGCAAAUGGAAAGAUACUUUGGACUCUGAUGGUGAAGACAGUCAAAAUAUAAGAAAAUCAUCAAAGAAAAAAAAGACAAGUCAAGAUAAAAAACGUGAGACUUUAUCAGAUCCUUCGG